UCCUCUCCUAAGGUUCUUGCUUUUCCAAAUCAAGAAGACAGUGCACGGAGCCAGGGGACAUCAGCCAUGCUCCAAACAUCUUGGCCUCAGGAGCCAGUGACCUUUGAGGACGUGGCCGUGUACUUCACCCAGAAUCAAUGGGCCAGCCUGGACCCCACGCAGAGGGCCCUGUACCGGGAGGUGAUGCUGGAGAAUUAUGCGAGUGUGGCUUCCCUGGUAGUGUUUCCAUUCCCCAAACCUGAUCUGGUCUCCCAGCUGGAGAGAGGGGAAGCGCCAUGGGGCCCAGAUCCCUGGGAAGCAGAGGUUUUGAGAGGCAUCUGUCCAGGUGGUGAGUCCUGGAUCAAGGAGGAGGAGCCAGCUGUAAAGCAGGAAGCCUCUGAGGAGGCAGAAUUGCCCACAACGCCAGGAGGAGGACUUCUCAGAAACGUUUCCCAGCACUUUGACUUUAAAAGCAAGGCAACAUGGCAGACUUUCAGUCUGAAUCCGAAUCUGAUACUUCGGGGUGGGAUGAAGUUCUACGAAUGUAAAGAAUGUGGGAAAAUCUUCAGAUACAACUCAAAGCUGCUUCGGCACCAGAUGAGUCAUACUGGGGAAAAGCCCUUCAAGUGUAAGGAAUGCGGCAAAGCUUUUAAGUCCAGCUAUGACUGUAUCGUCCACGAGAAGAAUCACAUCGGAGAAGGGCCCUAUGAAUGUAAGGAGUGCGGCAAAGGUUUGAGUUCCAACACGGCCUUGACUCAGCAUCAGAGGAUCCACACUGGGGAGAAACCGUACGAAUGUAAGGAAUGUGGGAAGGCCUUCAGAAGAAGUGCAGCCUAUCUGCAGCAUCAGAGAUUGCACACCGGAGAGAAGCUGUAUAAAUGCAAGGAAUGCUGGAAGGCUUUUGGGUGUCGGUCACUUUUUAUCGUCCAUCAGAGGGUUCAUACGGGGGAGAAGCCCUACCAGUGUGAGGAGUGCGGCAAGGCCUUCACUCAGAAGAUAGCCUCCAUCCAGCAUCAGAGAGUGCACACCGGUGAGAAGCCCUAUGAGUGCAAGGUGUGCGGCAAAGCCUUCAAGUGGUAUGGCAGUUUUGUUCAGCACCAGAAGUUGCACCCUGUGGAGAAGAAGCCCGCCAAGGUUCUUGGGCCAUCCCUGAUGAAUCCCCCGUGCCCCCCUCCAGCCUUCUCUGCUAUUCCUGUCCAGGGCCCGUGCUCUGCUCCCCCCGUGGCCGCACCUUCACUGACCUUUCCACAUGUUGUGCUCAUUCCUACCUCCGGGCCUUUGUUCGUGCUACUGCCCGCACCUGGAAUGCCUUCUUCACCUGUCCAAAUAGUGCGUGUCUUCCAGGGCCUUCCUCCCACUGUGAAGCCGUCCCCAAUUAUGCUGGUCCCUUCCCCUCAUGCCUCAUGAGCUUUCUUUCA